UGUAAAGUUGUAGUUAUUUGCCAGGUUCUAGUUUUUGUUUGCUUUAGCUAGCUAUUUAGCAGCGUGACCCGGACGCUUUUCGCGGGUGCACCUGACAGAACUGGUAGAGGAAACAAGCAGCAUGAUAUUUACUUUUCCUCUGUGAUUAAAAUUGGUAACGACGCAACAUGGCGUCUGCUUCUGACUCGGACAAACCGUCCGUUUCUAACGUGGAGGAAAGCAGGAGUCGUCUCUGCGAGGAAUUUGCCGCCAUAACGGGAACUGACAGCGCCGCGGCGCAGUCCUACCUGUCUAUAAAUGGCUGGGAGAUGGAGAAAGCGCUGAACUCGUUCUUUGAGGCGGACAUGGAGCGAAUAUUCGAGGAAGAAGAUUUCCCAGAGAGAGACUCCUGUCCUGGAACCAAGAGGAAGAAGGUAGAAGGAAAACCUGCAGAACCAUGCAUAGAUUUGACCAAGGACAGCCCAGCCUCCUCACGCAAACCGUCCGAGGAAGAUGAUGGUAAACUGUCAGUGAUCUCCUGGAACGUGGACGGACUGGACACAGACAACCUUGGGGAGCGCGCCAGAGGCCUGUGUUCCUUCUUAGUCUUAUACACUCCUGAUGUGGUUCUCCUACAGGAGCUCAUUCCUCCCUACGUCCAGUACUUGAAGAAACGGGCCGUCAGCUAUCUGAUCAUUGAAGGUGGUGAAGAAGGUUACUUUACUGGUAUGAUGCUGAAGAAGUCACGAGUCAAACUGGUGGAGAGCGAGACAGUAACUUACCCCACCACGCAGAUGAUGAGGAAUCUGCUUGUAGCUCAAGUGGAUUUCAAAGGCCAGAAGCUGUGUCUGAUGACGUCUCACUUUGAGAGCUGUAAGGCCCACUCAGCGGAGCGGAUGAAGCAGCUGCGGGUGGUGAUGCAGAGGAUGAGGGAGGCACCGGACGAUGUCACCGUCCUGUUUGGAGGGGACACAAACCUGAGGGACACAGAGGUGGCCAAGGUGGGCCUGCCCUCCAGUGUGUGUGAUGUGUGGGAGCGACUGGGCAAACAGGAGCACUGCCGCUACACGUGGGACACCAAAGCCAACAACAACAAGACUGUUCCCUAUAUCAGCCGUUGCCGCUUCGACCGGGUUUACUUCCGCCCAGCAACAAAGGAUGGAGUCCCACGUCUUGCCCCCGACCACAUGGCCCUGGUGGGCCUGGAGAAGCUGGACUGUGGACGCUUCAUUAGUGAUCACUGGGGAAUCUACUGCAGCUUCUCUGCUGGGUAGAAAUGCACAAAUUGCUAAAACGUGCAUUGUCCAGUUGGCUUUGUUCAAAGUGACACAGCAUUGCCUCUGGGUUGAAAACACAGAAUCAGUUUCUCCUUUAAUUUUCUCACCUCUGGUUGCCUGAUUAUUUCAUGGCUUGAUUUGAAUUGUUUUAUCUUCUGAACUUAAAAUGGGCAAAUAAAUGCAGAAAGGACCAAUAAAUGUAAAAACAA